AUGUCUUCUGAAACUGCUACCUCUACCGUCCCUCAAAUGCAAUAUGUUCGUCUUGGAAAUACAGGAUUAAGAGUUUCUCGCCUCUGUCUCGGCUGCAUGUCUUUUGGUUUAUCCUCUUGGAGCCCUUGGGUCAAAGAAGAAAAAGAAGCAAUUGAAGUGAUCCGUGAGGCUGCAAAGCUUGGUGUCAACUUUUUCGAUACAGCUGAUACUUACUCCAAUGGUGUUAGCGAGGAGAUUCUUGGUAAGGCUAUCAAGGGAAUGGAUAGAUCUCGCAUUGUCAUUGCUACCAAGGUCUUUGGCCCUGUCUUUGAUGAUGUGAACCGUUCUGACCGCACUGGCAUGAAGGAAGACCCUGCUAUGGUAAAUCGUAUUGGCUUGUCUCGAAAGCACAUCUUUGAUGCUGUAGAAGCCUCGCUCAAGCGACUUGAUGUUGAUUACAUUGAUCUGUAUCAAAUUCAUCGCUUGGAUAGGAACACGCCUAUGGAAGAGAUUAUGGAGGCAUUGAAUGAUCUUGUGCGCUCUGGAAAGGUGCGCUACAUUGGUGCUAGUAGCAUGGAUACUUGGGAGUUUCAAAAGCUAAACAGCAUUGCCGAGAAGAACGGAUGGGCUCAAUUUGUGUCAAUGCAGAACUUGUACAAUCUACUGUACCGUGAAGAAGAACGAGAAAUGGCGCCUUACUCUUUGGAUGCAAAGAUUGGCUGGAUCCCUUGGUCUCCACUUGCUAUGGGUGAGCUCACCGGCAAGAACAGGUCCACGACUCGUAGUGGCAGUCGAUUUACCAUGGGCAUGUUCAAAGCAACCAACGAUGAAGUAGCCAACAGCCUCAUCAUUGAUCGCGUUCAAGAAAUUGCUCAAAAGUACAACGUUACCAGUGCUCAGAUUGCCUUAGCCUGGGAGUACACAAAGCCCUACGUUUCCUCUCCUAUAGUAGGUAUCUCUCGUAUUGAACAGUUAAAGGAUUUGAUCCGCUCAUUGGAUGUCAAGCUCACUGAAGAAGAUGUCAAAUAUCUUGAAGAGCCCUACAAUCCCAAGAAGAAGCUCGAUUACUAA